AUGGGGUCACUGCAGAUACUCACUACCCUAAGUGUUCCAAGCUCUUUGGGAGCCGCCAUUCUGCGCAAAUCGGACCUGAGUGUGGUCUACGCCGACACCAACCAGGAACGCGGAUCACCCCUAUGGCAUGGCGAGACCUGGACGCUGAAACAAUUCUUUGAGAUUCCUGCCGACCAACGGCCCCCCGUCCAGGACUGCCUCUUCUUGACCACCCAUGAGCCGUGUUCCUUGUGCCUGUCGGCAAUUCUCUGGAGCGGAUUCGACAACUUCAUCUAUAUGUAUACGUAUGAGGAAACCCACCAUAUCUUCGAGUGCCAUGGGGAUCUGGAUAUCUUCAACGACGUGUUUAACGUCCGCGAAGGGGAAGAGGCGCGACAGGCUAGCGUGGACGGCACGCAGGGCCAGGUGCGGCCGCAAUAUAAGUUGCGCAGCAAGCGACUGGUGGCGUUGAGCUUCGCUGAGCUUGUGGCAGCGAUUGGCGAUAAGUCGGAGCAGGAGCAGUACGUGGCCAAGGUCGAGGGGGUCAAACGGAGCUAUGGACGAUUGUCGGAGGCAUAUCGGCGGAAUCUGGGGGUGGCUUAG